AUGGCCUUCUUCAAACUCCUCCUCAAGCUUUUCAAGCGCAAGCAAUCCAAAGACGCCAAGAAGAAAAAGGACAAAAAGAAUAAGCAACAACAGCAAUUCGUCGCCGUCCAACAGCCCGUCCCCAUCCAGCAGUCCAUCCAGGGCGGCAAGGUGACCUAUGUCCAGCCAGUCCCCCAGCAGCAGCAGCAGCAACAAUACGUCCAAGUCCCCGUUGUCCAGCAGCAACAGCAAUAUGUCCAGGUCCCCGUUCAGCAGCAGCAGCAGGCCUUCAACCCCCAGGCGGCGGCCAACAAAGUCAUGGCGCAGCAGAUGGCUGGGUACGCCAAUGGCAUGACGGGGAAUAAGAUCCCGCAAAAGUAUGUCAACCAGGGCGCGGCUUACGCGGCGGGGUAUAUGGGGAAGCAGAAGGCUCCUGCCCAGGCCCAGGCCGGCGGUUACUACGCCGUGGCUGCUUAA